AUGAAAAAUGCUAAUUUUGGGAUAAAUGCGCCAAAUGGUUUAAUUAUUCCCGAAAAAAUAAAUAAUGAAAAGAUUAAAGGAGAUGAAAUAACACAACAAAAUACUUUUACAACUGCUACAACAGACAAUGAAUUGCAAGAUGAUAAUGUUACUGAUACCACAGAAACUGCAAUCAAUUAUUAUGAUAGUGAUUUCGAAGUGAAAAAGAUUCCGGAAAUGGAAGAAAAUGGUGAAGAAAUUGCUACAGAAACUGAUAGAAAUAACAAUGAAAAUUUAAUGGAAAAAAAAACUUUCAAAAAUAAAUUCAAUGAUCCAUUUUGGAAACAUUUCCUACAAAUUAAUGAAACAGAAAAUACAACACAAAAUUCAUUGGAUGAUUUAAAAGAAGUGGUCAAUACACUGAAUCUUUCACAAGCACAAACUGCUACUUUUGUAAAAAUUAUCGAAAAAAUUGUUGAUGAUGAGCUUAAACGACGUCAUAAUGAAGAAUUAUCAAAGUCAAAAUUCACUCAAACAUCAGUGAAACCAAAAUUGGCUGCUGCUAAAUUCCAUGAAAUCGAUAGUGAAACUGCAAAAGAUAUUGAUGAUCGUCAUGAUCAAGAAAUUAGACCACAUGAAAAACUUACGGUAAAUACACGAUUAAGUUUUAAUGAUCAACAUAUCAUUGAUGAUUAUCGUAAUGGUCAAGAUGAAAUUCCGGAAACAUUAGCUGCAGAAUCAUUAAAAUCAGAUUCUCGAAAAGAAGCUAGAAAAAAGACAGAUUAUAUGGUACGUGAACAAGCUGAGUAUGAUCGGUUAAUAAGCGGAAUUACUGAUGCAACUCCAGAAUCCGGAUCUGAUUACUUGGAGACUAAAAAUGGCCAAGCAUUCAAUCGAGGAUUGAUAAGAACAACAGUUAAAAGUACAAACACUGAAGAACCACAAACCACUAGUUCAACAGGAUUACAAUAUGAGAAAACCGGAUUACAACCUGUUGAAGAAUCGUAUAUACCGAAGAGAACAAUGACAGUCUACGGAAAAGUGACAACAAUUCCAAGGACAGUAUUUGAACGACAAGCAGAGGAUUUUCGAAGUAGAUUGCUUGGAAUGAACGGUUUCGGUGAUAUCAUUAAGGCAUUAAAACAUGGCAAAAUUGGAUUUUUUGAAAGGAAUUGA